AUGCCAAUCCUUGGCAUCGGUAUCGAUAUUCUGUACCUUCCGCGUCUCAUCAGUCUAUUGAGUCGAAGGGGAUCCAAAGCUUUUGCUACAAAAAUUUUAAGCUCCCAGGAGUUACGAACAUUUCAGUUGCUCGCAGAACAGCAUGGAGAAGAUAAGACAGGAAGGAUUACACAAUUUCUGGGUGUGCGAUGGGCGGUGAAAGAAGCUGCGUACAAAGCCUUAUAUCCCAUCCGUCCUACCUGGAAGGAGGUCACAUACUCGUCAUUCAAUGGAGCUACUGGCGUGAAACCAACACUUGUGUACCGUCCCGUCAACGAUGAUGUUGGACCAGCAAAUAAAUUGCAUGUUUCAGUGAGCCACGACGGAGAUUACGUCUACGCGCAGGUUAUCGCGGAGUCGACGUGA